UGCGUUAUCAAAAGCCACGUUACGUUAGCAUCAAUCAUUUAUAAAUAACUUUCGCAAUUUUAGCUAUCCCUGAUUCUCAGCCGUCUUCUUAGGAGAAAAAACAGAGUAUCUCGUCUGAUUUCUCGCUCCAUUUUUUUUAAAAAAUAUUUAUUUUCCGAGCGAUCGUCCAUGACGGACAUCGACAUCGGAACCGCAGCAGAAAGAAACGACGACGGAGGAGGAAGAAGAGAGCCGUUGAUUAACCGCGAAAAGAAGUUCAAGCGCUGCGUCUCGAACGUCCACGACGAGCUCCAUAGUUUCAGGAAAUAUCUGAGAUGGAUGUGCGUGGACCAGUCGAGCCCUUGGACAGCGGUUCUCUCUUGGUCGAUGUUCGUCGUUUUCACGCUCGUGGUUCCGGCGAUGUCUCACUUCAUGCUCGCUUGUGCCAACUGCGAUAGCCAUCACUCUAGGCCGUACGAUUCUGGGGUUCAGCUUUCUCUCAGCAGCUUUGCUGCCCUUUCUUUCCUUUGUCUCUCAAGAUUUGUUAGCAAGUUUGGUCUCCGACGGUUCCUCUUCUUUGAUAAGCUUUGGGAUGAGAGCUCCACUGUUCGUCGAGGCUACACCAAUCAGCUCAACAGAUCACUUAAGAUUCUAUCCUACUUCGUCGCUCCUUGUUUCUUAGCGAUGAGUUCAUACAAGAUAUGGUGGUACGCUUCAGGAGCAUCUCAGAUUCCUUUCCUCGGUAACGUUAUCUUGAGUGACACAGUCGCUUGUCUGAUGGAACUCUGCUCGUGGCUCUACCGUACUACAGUGAUCUUCCUUGUUUGUGUCCUCUUCCGUCUCAUCUGCCAUCUCCAGAUCCUAAGGCUUCAAGACUUUGCUCAGGUCUUUCAAAUGGAUUCAGAUGUUGGUUCCAUCUUGUCUGAGCAUCUCCGCAUCAGACGUCACCUGAGAAUCAUCAGUCACCGUUACCGAAUUUUCAUAUUGUCUUCAUUGAUUCUUGUCACUGGAAGUCAGUUUUACUCGCUGCUUAUUACCACUAAAUCCCAUGCUGGAUUGAAUAUCAACAGUGCUGGAGAACUCGCUCUAUGUUCAAUGACGCUGGUCACUGCGCUACUCAUUCUACUACGAAGUGCCUCAAAGAUCACGCACAAGGCUCAGGCGGUGACUUCCCUUGCUGCAAAGUGGCAUGUCUGCGCGACAAUAGAAUCAUUUGAGACGGUGGAGGGAGGGACUCCAAGGUUAGUUGAUAGAGCAAGCGGACACGGAUUCCAUUCAACAGAUGUUGGUAUUGGAGAUACAGAUAGUGAAGAUUAUGGAGAGGAAGAAGAUGAUUUUGAUAACAACGAUCUCAUCCCUGCUUAUGCUUAUAGCACCAUAUCAUUCCAAAAACGACAAGCUCUAGUGAAUUACUUUGAGAACAAUAAAGCAGGAAUCACAGUUUUUGGGUUCACACUCGAUAGAAGUACUCUUCAUACAAUAUUCGGGAUCGAAAUGACGCUUGUUCUCUGGCUUUUGGGUAAGACCAUUGGGAUCUCUUGAAUCGCUUUUUAGAUCGUAAAGUCUCGAAGUUUUGGUUUUGGCUCCCUUGUUGGAUGAUAUUACUACAUGUGUGUACACGGAGCCUCUCCGUAACAUGUAACAUUUCCUAAAAAAAAUUAAUCAUUGUAAAUCAUGUUGUAUGUUCUUCAAUGUGUAGAUUUUGUAACAAGUUCAUAUGUUUAUCGAGAGAUCUUACAGUAAAUAAGAUUGGGUUUACGAGUUUCA